ACCGUUUUUUUCUUUGCUCCCGGUUGAUUGAGCUCCCUUUGCUUCUCAUAUGUCAGAUUCAUUUAAUCGUUUCGUUACGUGAGGUAGAUACACAACAACAGCGGUGGAGGUCAACGGAGGUAAACGGCAAUGAGUUCGUCGCAGAAUGGAUUGUUGCCACCGCGAGAUAUGGAGGCCGGUCCUUCGAAAAGAGAUACCGGCAGCGAUGAGGACGAUGACCCACUUUCGGAUCCUUUCGUUAUUUCCCAGACUAAACAUGAGUCUCUCAAGUCUCUCAAAAGAUGGAGACAAGCGGCCCUAGUGUUAAAUGCUUCUCGUCGAUUUCGUUACACAUUGGACUUGAAGAAGGAGGAAGAGAAAGAGAACAGAAGACGGAUGAUUAGAUCCCAUGCCCAAGUUAUAAGAGCAGCAUUGCUUUUCAAAUUGGCAGCAGAACAAGAUAUUGAUACUGUUGCUCCACCACCAACAUCUAGUGGUGAUUAUGGAAUUGAACUUGAACAACUUGCUUCAAUGACUCGGGAUCAUAAUUUUUCAGCUUUAGAGCAAUACGGUGGGGUUAAAGGGUUAUCAGAUUUGUUAAAAACAAACAUAGAGUUUGGAAUUAGUGGUGAUGAUACCGAUUUGUCAAAGCGGAGGAAUUCAUUUGGAUCAAAUACAUAUCCUUUAAAGAAAGGACGAAGUUUCUUGAAAUUUCUUUGGGAAGCUUGGCAAGAUUUAACCCUUAUCAUCUUGAUUGUAGCCGCCGCAGCUUCAUUAGCAUUGGGAAUAAAGACAGAGGGGUGCAGAUGGUGUUGGUACAAUGCUGGUAAUUUGAUGUGUUAUUUUCUUUUGCUUGAUGUGUUAACAGCUAUUAGUGAUUAUCGUCAGUCUCUUCAGUUUCAAAAUCUAAACAAGGAGAAGAGAAACAUACAAAUAGAGGUCAUGAGGGGUGGUAAAGCAGUGAAGAUUUCAAUAUUUGAUGUAGUUGUUGGUGAUAUUUUACCUCUUAAAAUAGGUGAUCAGGUCCCAGCUGAUGGAGUCUUGGUUACUGGUCAUUCUCUUGCCAUUGAUGAAUCUAGCAUGACUGGUGAAAGCAAGACAGUCCGCAAAGAUCAGAAAUCUCCCUUUCUGAUGUCUGGCUGCAAAGUAGCAGAUGGUGUUGGUACAAUGCUGGUAACAGGUGUUGGAAUCAAUACUGAAUGGGGACUGUUGAUGGCUAGUAUCUCGGAGGAUUCUGGUGAAGAGACUCCCUUGCAGGUACGCUUGAAUGGCGUUGCAACCUUAAUUGGUAUAGUUGGGCUCACUGUAGCUGGCUUGGUACUUGCUGUCCUUUUGGGCAGAUUCUUUACUGGAAACACCACUGAGUCAGAUGGAAGGCCUCAAUUUGUCAAAGGUCACACUGGUAUUGGUGAUGUUGUGGAUGGGGUCAUAAAAAUUAUUACCAUUGCAGUUACAAUUGUAGUUGUUGCAGUGCCUGAAGGGCUUCCUUUGGCUGUUACAUUGACCCUGGCAUACUCAAUGCGAAAAAUGAUGGUAGAUAAAGCCUUGGUGCGUAGACUUUCAGCGUGUGAAACUAUGGGUUCAGCAACAACAAUAUGCAGUGAUAAGACUGGGACAUUGACCUUGAAUCAGAUGAGAGUGGUUGAGGCUUAUGCUGGGAGAAAAAAGAUAGAUCCAGAAGAUGACACCUCACAAAUUCACCCAGCGGUUGUCUCUCUGUUAACUGAAGGUGUUGCACAAAACACUACAGGCAAUGUCUUUGUGCCAAAGGAUGGUGGAGAUGUAGAGGUUACUGGAUCUCCCACAGAAAAGGCUAUUCUUUCUUGGGCAGUCAAGAAUUCUUUGCAGGAUUUUUUCAAAGAAGCUGUUGAUGAAAUGGCAGCGAGAAGCCUGCGGUGCGUUGCCAUUGCAUACAGAUUAUAUGAAAUUGACAAAGUUCCUUCUGAUGAGGAGAGCUUAGACCCAUGGGUUUUGCCAGAAGAUGAUCUUGUUUUGCUUGCUAUUGUUGGUAUUCAGGACCCUUGCCGCCCAAGUGUCAAAAAUGCUGUAAAAGUGUGCAAAGAAGCUGGGAUAAAGGUACGCAUGGUCACUGGAGACAAUCUUCAAACAGCAAAAGCAAUAGCUUUUGAGUGCGGAAUACUUGGUUCUGAAUCAGAUGCUACUGGGCAUACUAUCAUUGAAGGAAAAACAUUCCGUGAUUUUUCAGAAGAAGAAAGGGUACAAAUUGCCAAAGAAAUAACAGUGAUGGGGAGGUCUUCUCCUAAUGACAAGCUCUUGCUUGUUCAAGCACUGCGUACGGGAGGGGAUGUUGUUGCUGUGACUGGAGAUGGCACUAAUGAUGCUCCUGCACUUCAUGAGGCAGAUAUUGGUCUUGCUAUGGGCAUUCAAGGAACUGAAGUUGCGAAAGAAAGUUCUGAUAUAAUUAUCUUGGAUGAUAACUUUGCUUCAGUUGUAAAGGUUGUUCGCUGGGGGCGUUCUGUGUUUGCCAAUAUUCAGAAAUUUAUACAAUUUCAGCUUACUGUUAAUGUUGCAGCUCUCAUCAUUAAUGUUGUUGCAGCAGUAUCGUCUGGUAGUGUUCCUUUAAAUGCAGUACAGUUAUUAUGGGUUAACCUUAUAAUGGAUACGCUUGGAGCUCUUGCAUUGGCUACCGAACCACCAACAGACCACCUUAUGCAUAGAUUGCCGGUUGGCCGAAGGGAACCUCUUAUAACAAACAUCAUGUGGAGGAAUUUAUUUUUACAGGCCUUUUAUCAAGUUACUGUGCUCCUCGUGCUCAACUUCCGGGGCACUAGUAUUCUUCAGUUAAAGAGUAAGACCAGGGAACACGCUAAUGAUGUGAAGAAUACUAUGAUAUUCAACACGUUUGUCUUCUGUCAAAUAUUCAAUGAGUUCAAUGCUCGGAAGCCUGAUGAAAUCAAUGUCUUCCGUGGAGUGACUAAGAACUAUCUCUUCAUGGGAAUAAUUGGAAUAACCUGCGUUCUUCAAAUAAUCAUCAUCGAGUUUCUUGGAAAGUUUACCUCAACUGUGAGGCUCAGCUGGAAGCUGUGGCUAGCGUCUGUUGCUAUUGGCGUUUUCAGCUGGCCGCUUGCUAUUAUUGGAAAAAAGAUUCCAGUUCCCAAGACUCCUCUUUCCACGUACUUCAUGGGGCCAAUUCAGCAAUUGCGAAGUUGUUUUCCUAGGAGACGAUCAUGAAGCUGUUUGUGAUCGUAUUAUCUCGUUAUGGUAGCUUCUGCCAAACAACAAAGGAUAAUGAUGAUCACUCUUAAACCCUAAAUCUUAAACGCAGAAGUAGCAAUGUGGGGUAAUGAUGGUGACAAAAUUGUACUAGUGCAUGAUUUCAAUCUUCCUGAAGCGUUAUGAACCAGAGAAUAUUAUGGCGGUGAAGUAAGUUUGUGGGAAAUCUACGAAUAAUUGUGUUGAUUUGGUAAAGAUUAGAGCACUAACCAUUAUUCCUAGAAAAACUAAUAUCAGUAUAUAUUAAUUGUGAUUCAUUAUUGUCAUUUUUUUGGUUGUACUUUCAAUUGAAAAUAAGAUGAUUAACUAUGUAAAAAAAAAAAAAAAAAGUGAUUCUUCUCUCUUGAAAAGAAAGAAAAUUGUGAAAUUUGUAAGACGGAUGCAGCUUUUAUAUUUUUUAUGUUUGUGGAUAAAGUGAUUUUAUG